GCUUUUCUCCUCGUCAGCACAGAGAUCACUUGAUUCAAAUUUCCAAAUUCAAGUCUAGUUCACAUAGUCUAGGAACACAUAAAAAAAAGGUACAAACAAUCAGGGAAAUCAAUAAAAGCCAUGGAGGAUGACCUGGAAUUCCUUAUCAAUGCCCUGUCGGUGCCAAACACUCCACUCACCGAGCCCUACGAUGAGUUGCAGCUUCUUGAGAUGCGAGAAUCCUUCAAGACGCUGCAGAAACUCCUGCGACGCAGUGCCCUGCCCGUGGAGGCGAGUCUGCGUUCGAUGCCGAGAUCGAAGGCUGGUGGACAAGUAGAGGCAUUCCCAUCCAAGCUGGCUAUUGAGGCCAGCGAUCAGGCGUGGAACUCAGCGGAUAGCGGAGCCCACUCGUCGCCCAUCAUUUCGGAGUGCGGCCUGCGGGAUUGGGUAGAGGAGAAUCCUGCCUCCGACAUUGGAGACAGGGCACUGGUGCCCUACGAGGAACUGUGCAAUGAGCGCAGCAGCUCGGAUACCACAAUCACCAGCCGGAGCUACGCCUCAUCGGGAAUCUCGAUCAGCAUACCUGUUCACUUGGUAUGGAACAACAAGGACUACAAUCAGCAGACCACGGACAGUGACACCACAAUAAGAGCGGACGGGUUCAGAUACAGUUUCAAGAAAUAAGUCAAGGUCUACCAUGUUAGUUUUCAAAAAUUGGAGUGAGAGGAUUAAAGUUUCAUACAUUUUUAAUACACGCUAAGUAAAUGGUGAUAAAAAUUCAAAUGAGUGCAGUCUUCUUGCAAGUCUCAUGAUUAUUAAAAAUAUUUGCACAAUC